GUAUACUACUAUUUGAACAUAGCGUACUGGAGCCUGCUCCUCCUGUCGGUGCUCACCGGCAACGACUUCCUGUCCCGCAUCGCCCAGUUCGAGACCUACACCACCGCCAUGUUUGUGGCCUCCACCGCGUUUUCGACCUUCUUCGGGCUGAAGUGGUGGCAUGACGCGCGGCGGGAGCUGCGCAGGGAGCAGACCAGCGACUGGCGGGCACUGCUCCGUUACUCCUGGAACGCCCUCUUCUGGCUAGGCUUUGUGCUGUGGUACUCAGUGCCGCCCCUCACCGUUGUGACCGACUACGCGGGCACUGCCGGCUCCAUAGCCUGCGUCUACGGCGUGGUGCUCACGCUGUCCUCCGCGCUAAUGGUGGGGGUGUACAGCUUCCUGGGCGAGCCGCAGCUGCCAAGGAAGCUGGUCAUGAUUGGGCCCUACUCCGUCGUCCGGCACCCCCAGAUCCUGGGCAACUUCCUGUUCAUCAUGGGCUUCUCGCUGGCCGGCGGCGCGGUGGCCGCCACGGCCGCCUUCCUCCUUUCCUUUGCGCUGUACCGGGUAACGGUGGUGCCGCGGGAGGAGCAGCUGAUGGAGAGCAAGUACGGGCAGGUGUACCGCAAGUACAUGGAGCGUGUGCCCGCCUUCCGGUGGGGCUGGGUGAUCCUGGGCGUGAUUGAGGCCGUUCUCCUCUGGAGGUUCUCCCCUUGGUCCAUCACCCCCGCAUCAGCCUACUACUAA